AUGAAUAUUGACCAAGCAGAAAUAGAAAAUGAUGAGAACCCUACACCUGCUAAUCUUCACUGUCUUCGCUCCGCUCAGAACACCAAGUUAAUGUUGGAGGUGCAGGAGAGGAAUAUAGUGAUGCUGCAAAUGCUUAGAACAAUUUAUGCUGCGCAAGAUGCUGCAAAUGCUGAGGAAGAAGCUGCAAAUGCUGAGGAUGAUGCUGAGGACGAAAAUGGUGAUGCAAAUGGUGAAGAAGCUCAGGGUGGGCAGGCAAAUGCUGGAAAUGUGGAUGAGACUGGAGAUGAAGACAACAAGGAUGAUGAGGAUUCUGAGAAAGAUGAUGAUGAUUCUGAGGGAGUAGAUGUUGAGCAAUAUUCUAAGACAGAUGAGGAUGAUGAUUGUGAUGGAGCGGAUGCUAAGGAUUCUGAGAAAGAUGAUGAUGAUGAUUCGGAGACAGAUGAGGAUGAUGAUUGUGAUGGAGCGGAUGCUAAGGAUUCUGAGAAAGAUGAUGAUGAUGAUUCGGAGACAGAUGAGGAUGAUGAUUCUGAGACAGACAAGGAUGAUGAUUCUGAGGGAGCGAAGGCUAAGGAUUCUAAGGAUGAGGAUUCUGAGGGAGUGGAUACUAAGGAUUCAGAGGAUGAGGAUGAUUGA